AUGGAGCUGAUACAGGCCGCGGCUAAGGUCAAAGGAGCAGAUCAGGGCGGCGGUGGGGGCGGCGGCGGCGGCGGUGGCGAUAUCGAGGCGACAAUAAAGACCUGCUGCGACAACGUUCAAACGCGCAUCCAACAAGAGUUCGACCGGAACAUCGACAUCCUCGACCGCUAUAUCAAGAAGAACGUGGCGGCCGUGGCUGCUUCCGUUCCUUUUGGACCGGGUGCCACCGAGGCACCGGCGGUGGCAGCGGCGGGAGAGGAUGGUCGGAGUGGCAAUGGUGCAGCUCCUGCGGCUGGUGGGUGGGGCGCGGGAGCGGCGGUAACGGGAGCAGUAGCGCCGGCAGCAGCAGCAGCAGCAGCACCCGGUGCGGCAGCACCCGGUGCGGGUGACGCACAAGAGAGAAGUGGUGGAGGCGGCGGCGGCGGCGGCGUGGGGGGAGGGUCUUCGGUAGCUCCUUCGGCAAAAGGAGGGGCGGUUUUGGGUGUGGAUGCGUGGGCCUCAGAGGUGGAGGAAGGGACGCCGCCAAAACGGUUGGAGGAAGAGGAAGCGCUAGAUGCGGAGAUACAGCACCUGCGAAAACGGCGACGGCAGGGACUAAGGCGAUGCGCGGCGUUGGUGCGAAGGGGGGCGCGGGAGACGGUGUUGCUGCAAGACGUGAAGGACUUUGUCGACGCGCUGCAGAUGGGAGUGUCGAGCUCCUUCGACGACAACGGGCUGACGCCGAUACCCAGCAAGGUGCAGGAGGCGGUGCAGUCGUGCGCGGAGCUAAGGGUCACGGCGGACCGAGCUCAAGCGCUAACGAGGCGGCUAGAGCGCCAGGUAGAACAGAGCGCGGAGUGGGGGGGCGGCGGGGAGGUGGGCGGCGGUGCCAGCUCGAGCGCGGUGGCUUCUACCGUGCCUCCCCCGAGGGACUUGCAGUCCAUGUUCCAGCGAUCGAGCGAGCAACAGGUGGUUGCAGGGAGCGCUACGGAGUACUCUACGUUGAAGACGCGGCUAAGGGGAUAGAAGGAUGGUACACGAAGAGCGCGCACUGGAGGGGGGGGGGGUACUAGGGACGCCGUUUUAAUCUGCAACUGUCUGUAAGUUGCUUUUGACAAGGCAUGCGGAAGCGAGAGUGGGUAGCGGCGGAUCGUCGCGCGGCUUGCUAAGGUGCGGAUUUUCUCGUCACGCCGUCCCUCGCCCUCUCGGUCGAGCCUGGGCGUGCUGGAGCGUUCUACGUUUGGUGGGUCGAAGCAAUGUGCGUGCUUGACUUCCAAAGGCAUAUUUUGUCUCUCCCGCGAAGUAUUUAGUCGUUCACGUCCCUGUUUGACCGAGUUGAUUCUCGGCGGAAGGGGUGUGAAGAGAAAGUUGGCGUAAUGAUGUAAUAACUGUAAGGCAACAGACCAGGUUAAGGACUAAAAGCUUUCUGGAAGUUGUUUUCGGUGGAAAGUUUGCUUUGGUGUAUCGACGCUCUUGGUACAAGCGUUUAUUACUGUUGUCUUAGGGAGGGUUGGCGCCAUAUGUUGCAAGUAUGAAAAGGUACAGUAGCUCCCUUCUCGGGACAACGAAACGUGUUGAUGGGGACGCCCUUCCGAAGUUUGGCCGAACCGAUGAAUGCAUUUUUUUUCUUUUUCCUUUCACGCAAAAAUGUUGCUGUGGUGUUGCCAGUGGCGGAGCCUGUUCCUUACACGCAUCGUUUGUCUUUCUAUUCGUUAGGAGUCGAAGUAGCAGAUGCUGUGUGGCGGUGUUUAGUGUGCAGGAGGAGCGCCUGGAUGUGCAGCAAGCGCGCCGCCUCGUGAACCUUGCUUGCGCUUGUAAUAAGUACAUCGCGUUCGUUCGUUCUCGUUUUUGCUCGUUUUGUGCCUGUUCAUACAGCAGUAGCGUCAUGCGUGGCGUGCGUAACAAACCAUGGAGGCCCCAAUGAGCUUGCGGACGUGCAAGUUUGUUAG